AUGCAUAUUAUAAAUUUGAACUACAUAGACAUUUUCCCAUUAAUAGGAUCCAACACCCCUAGAUCGUCACCACGAAGUGUGACAGGGAAGUCCAGUGAAGGCUCCUUAAAUGGCAGUGGAUCCAACACCUCAAGACGGUCACCACGAAGUGUGACGAGGAAGAGCAGUGUCUGCCCCAUAAAUGGCCCUGCAUCAAGAAUCUACAGCCAGUCUCCAAGGAGCAGCAUUAGUAAAGGUAGCCCUUGCUCCAUAAAUGGUACUCAUGAGGAUCUUAAUGAAAAUACGAAACGAGAGAUCAGUGAUCCUGUUAUAGAGCAGAGCGUAGAUGAAGUCUCCCACUACACACAUGUAGGAGAGUAUGUUUUUCAGAAAUACGAAAAACAACAAAUGUGUGACAUUUCAUUUAAGUUGGGAGAUAAAUUAUUCCCAGUGCAUAAAUUAGUAUUGGCUUCACAGAGCCCUCUGUUCGCCGAAGUUUUUGAAAGGGAGCAUUUUUCAAAGGAGCCAGUGGCCCCCAAAAUUAUUAAUGUGAGGGGAGUUUCAGAAGAGGCCCUGGUCUCCUUUUUAGCCUUCAUUUAUACCGGAAGGCUUGAUUUCAACACGGUCUAUUGGAGGGAUGUCAUGAAACUUGCUCUCGUAUUUAAAGUCGAGCAAAUCAGGAAAUUAUAUCUGAGGAAAAUGGAACAGAUGAAAUGUGAGGACCAACUUCGACUGUUGCCAAAUAUGGCACAAUUACAAGCAGUGGAGAUUAGUGACAAGAUUAUCAGGAAUAUAUCGACAAACUUUUUGAAAAUCAAAGAGUGUCCGGCAUUUUUCGACCUGGACGUCGAAACUCUCUGUUUAAUUUUGUCUGAUGAGAAUAUCAUGGCCAGGUCAGAGUUCGACAUAUUCUCUGCAGCUGUUUCAUGGUUCCAUCACCAUGACUAUGAAAAAAGAGUCCAGCACUUAGAGACCAUCAUGAGGUGCGUCAGGUUCCCCCUUAUGACCAACAAAGAACUGUUUCUCUGUUUAAGAAAAUUUCCUAUACUCAGGCAGAACCAGAGUUGCGUCAACAUGAUAACCAUGGCCAAUUGGGCGAGGACCUCACUGGAGCUCAAUGAGGAGGAUCCAUUAGAGGUCCCUGUAAAAAAGAGAGACGGGGUCAAUAGUCCACAAAAUGUCAGCGAUUACUUAAAAGCCAAAUCCUCCAAUAGCAUUGAAGACGAGGUAGAAGUAGAAGUCACUCCUAUGUCCCAGGAGUUGGCACAAGACUUCAAUUGUCACGCGGGCUCUCCGUGCAUGCUGCUUGAGCAGAGUCCUAAGGUUGAGCAGUAUAGAACUUCCAAAUGUGAAGCAACAGCACAGAGGAAGGAUUCUAGAAGUGGAAACAAGAGGUACGUGCAUGUUUAUAUGCUAACUCUUGGGAAGUGGGGGGAUAUUAAAUUUUUCCAAUUUUUUUUUCUGUUAAGUUCAUGAAACCUUUAUCAGAAGGUUGAGGUAGAGGGGAACAUUUAAUGGACUGUAACAGGAGAAAUAUAUACACAAUGAAUCAGACAAAGAUUCGAACCCGUGUACCCUGAAUGUCCAGUCAUGUCUACUGACUGAGCUUUCUGGUUUCAUGGGUCACAUCCAUCUGCCUGCCAAAGCCCUUCCCCCUUAAGGUUUUCAGACCUCAUAAACAUCAACCCUGGGGGUCCUUUCUGACUAUUCCAAGGCCUGCUCACAGUACCAAUAUAACGGGAGGGGAAUAAAAUGUAAUGAACCAGACUGGGAAUUUAAGGCAGUCUUAAUUUCCAGUCAUUUGCUUUACCCUCUUAGCAAUCUGGUUUCUGGCAACCAAACUGCCUCAUUGCCAUAAGUUGAAAUUUUAGUAUCUCAUAUAUAAUUUAUACUCUUAAAAUUUAAUUCAUAAAAAAGGGGACUGUUUUAAACGGCCAGUUCAAUUUUUUGUAUGUUUUCUAUCAUUACACAUUAUUUGACUAAAACUAUACUGAAAUAAGCAAGUUAAAACUGCUUCAUGUCCCUGAGGUUUCAGAAGAGUAUUAAACAAUUUAACGAGGCCGAGUCUUAUUCGAGUACGCAUGACUUUGUGCAGCUUUUUAAUUUUACAUGUAUUAGGCUUCGAAAAAAUAAACUUAGUAAUAAAUUCCUCGACCAAUCUAGAUGAUCUUUUUUUCACAAUUUGGUGACUUUUUAUUAUAACUUUCAUCUAUUUGAAUGAAAAAGAAAUCUCAAGGUCAGAAAUACAAAAAAUAUGGGAAAUAAAUUUGAUAAUAUGGUGCUUUUCCAACAAAUUCCCAUAGGGUCCAAUAUUAAAACUUUUGAAAUGGCCCUCUUCGAAAUCGGGAUGGUAAACGUUCGAUUUUUUAAUCUAAAAACAAUAAAUAUAACAGUAAAAAUUAAUUAUCAAAAAAAUUAUCAAAAUUCUUAAGGCAGACAUAAUUAGACUUGACAUCGUGAAAUUAAUAAAAAAAGAAAUUAUACAACAUGUAAGUUUUUAAUAAAACGGAUUUGUUUCAAUGAAAAUAGUUUGAAUAUUUUGAAAAUAUUAUCCUAUUUGUAAACAAGAAAAAAAUUUUCCUGUGGAAAAUGUUCACAUUUUAGAAAACAAUUUUUAGUUAAUUAAUUUAUAAACAAUUGUAUAUUAACUUAAGUACUUGUAAACAAAAAAACUGCAAGAAUUUGAUUAAUAUCCUAUUUACAAGGUAGCAUUCCUACUUGAAGACUGCCAAAUACAUGUGCAGGGUAAACCACAGGUCUUUUUUUUUAAAAUUGAUAUCAUCAUUUAAAUAUAUAUUGUUCAUUUUUAUCCAUAAACUUGCUUUUUCUCGAGACAUCUGGAUGAGGUCACCCACGAAGAAGGGAAGAAAAAUUCCUAAGAACUCCCCCAUUUGGCAGCUGCAGUCCAUGCAAUUCUAAA